AUGACGGCGGGCAGUAACGUCAUCUCCUCAACCACUAGCGAUACUAGCGACGUGGAGUUCGACAUAUACACCGACGAGAUAAACUGCUCACCGAGCUCGAUUAUUCACGUCAUCAUAAUUCCCAAUUACAAGGAGGAGCUGGACACCCUCAGGGAGACACUAGAGGUUCUGGCCUCUCACCCACAGGCGCAUUACUCGUAUGAUAUUUACCUUGGUAUGGAGCAGCGCGAGGUCAAUGCCGAGCCCAAAGCUCUUGGGCUCAUCGAAGAGUUUUCAAAGAGGUUUCGGUCGAUAGACUACACGCUUCACCCUGCUGACAUACCCGGCGAAGCCGCUGGAAAGGGUAGCAAUGUGGGCUGGGCGGCCCGGAACUUGAGCGCAAAGUAUUCCAUGGCUGUUCGCCGGGACGUCAUUGUCACAGGAAUUGACGCCGACAGUCAUCUCUCCUCAAGGUACUUUGCCGACAUUACCAGCAUGCAUAUGGCGUUUCCGGACACAGCAACAACGACUUUGUACGCGGCCCCAAUAAUAUUUGACCGCAAUGCCCACCGUGUGCCCGCCAUCGUCCGCGUAGCAGACAUCUUGUGGGGUGCAGCUGGUAUGUCUGGCUUGUAUCGUGGCUCGGCAGUUGCGCCACCGACUUCUGUCUACUCCUUGCCACUGGAGCUUGUCGACAGAGUCGGAGGCUGGGACUGCGAUGCCGAGGCCAUUGGGGAAGACCUUCACAUGUACCUCAAGUGUUUCUUUGCGCUCAACGGACAUCUCACCUGUCGUACGGUUCUGAGCCCGGUGAGCCAGAGCAAUGUCACUGGAGGGGGGAAGGGCGGCAUCCGGGGCACCGUCGUCGACAUGACGGCCCGAUACAAGCAGGCCCUUCGGCACAUGUGGGGGGCUUUGGAUACUGGCUUUGCCAUGCGACAAGUUGUGGACAUGUGGCAGGAGCGGAAGCACACGUCGCGCGCUUUCCGACCCCUUCACCGAGCCCAUGGCGACGGCCACAAUUGCUAUGUGCCGGAGGCGCAGCUAGACGGCCACUCCGAAAGGCCCCGAGACGUGGAUGCCUUUUCCGACGUUUGCCAGGGCUCACUCAAGGAGCUUCACUGGGAAAACAUCUUCUACCUGUUCCACCGUCUUUUUGAGGCUCACUUCUUGCCCGUUCAUAUGACGAUCAUGGUCAUGGCCUCGGCGCUGUACGUAUGGGCCACGGAUGGUACUGACGACUUCGAGCAGCUCGGUUGGAUCUUCUCGUGGUGCACGGUGCUUCGCACCAUGGGCUUCAUGGAAAUAGCGUGCUACAUGUUCCUGUACGAGAGCUUUCACCGCAUAUGCGUGACAACGCGCGAGAGGGAGAUGACGGCGGCCAAGCUGGCCGACGGGAUGUGCUUCUCGCACCGAUCCAUCAAGAGGAACUUUGUGGACUACGUCUUGGUGCCUCUCGUUGCACCUCUGUACGGAGCCAUCCCCUGUGCGCAAGCAGAGAUCAGUCACUUCUGGACCGUCAACUUGGUGUAUACGGUCAGCAAGAAGGUCACGAGACAGAGAAUGGUGCCCCUCAUGCCUGAGAACUUGGUGUGAGACAGGUCUGCCGGAUGCUUACAUGCAGACGUUGCUGGAAGACUUUUCACGGACAUGCCAUGCAUCCGAGUCGCAUCGGGACUCAGGAGAGUCCCGUCCCGGCUCCUAAAGGGGAAGAACCUGCUUCGCAUGAUACGACAGAACGGCCUUUACCCACGACAGCGAGGUACCGGGUUGAAGUCCAGCAGUUGGCAAGGGUUCCGGACUGGUGCCGAGUCGGACGCGACAGUCAGUCAGGCUCGGGACUGAUGCGAAAUAGACGGGGCAUUGGAUUGCGGCGCAGCGCAGAAACGCUUUUGGCAUGACACACACACACACACACAC